AAGUAUGUCUAAAAUAUUUUACCAUAAAGCAUAAUGGACGUAAAAUAAAAAUUAAGAGUAUUUUCUAGUGUUAAAUUUGUAUCAAUGGCGUGUCGAUAUUGGUUGGUGUAAAACUUCAUGGUGCAUUUGGUGCUCUAGAUAUAGUCAUGGUCUCAUGGAGUGUAACCAUUCAGUCAUUCACUUCAUCUAAAUUCUCAGUUUCCUCCAUCAUCAUUCAUCCGUAAUCACUACUCACUAUUCUCUUCAAACUUCAAACUCUUCUUUGACAAUUUCCUCUAAAUUCAUUUCUCCUACCUUCUACCUUCACCUAUUUAUAUACUUUCCUUUCCUACUCUGUUCAUCUUUUUUGAAUUUCUCAAAACUGGGCAUGUUAAUCCAUCAUUUUGCAUGAACUUUUAGCCUUUUUCUGGGAUUUUCAACUCAUGGAAUUUGAAUACCAGGAGGAAUACAUUAGAAAUUCUAGAGAUGUUCAACUCUUUACUUGCAGAUGGUUGCCUCUUUGCCAUCCUAAAGCUCUUGUUUUUCUCUGCCAUGGAUAUGGCAUGGAAUGCAGCAGCUACAUGAGAGGAUGUGGGAUCAAGCUAGCUUGUGCUGGCUAUGCAGUGAUCGGCAUGGAUUAUGAAGGGCAUGGAAGGUCCAAGGGAGCUCGUUGUUAUAUUAAGAAGUUUGACAAUGUUGUAAACGAUUGUUACAAUUUUUUCAAGUCAGUUUCUGAGCAAAAUGAGUACAGGGGUAAACGGAGAUUUUUAUACGGAGAGUCAAUGGGAGGAGCUGUUACAUUGCUACUCCACAAAAAAGACCCUACAUUUUGGCAUGGUGCAGUCCUUGUUGCACCUAUGUGUAAGAUAUCAGAAAAAGUGAAGCCACACCCUGUUGUUAUUAAUCUCUUGACAAGAGUGGAAGAGAUUAUUCCGAAAUGGAAGAUUGUUCCUUCUAAAGAUGUUAUUGAUGCGGCAUUUAAGGAUCCUAUCAAACGGGAAGAGAUACGGAGUAAUAAGCUCAUAUAUCAAGAGAAACCAAGGUUGAAAACAGCUCUAGAAAUGCUGAGAACGAGCAUCAGUCUGGAGGACAGCUUAAGUGAGGUAACCCUGCCAUUCUUUGUACUGCAUGGGGAGGCAGAUAUAGUGACAGAUCCGGAAGUAAGUAGGGCACUAUACGAGCAAGCCAGCAGUGUAGACAAGACCAUCAAACUGUAUCCCGGAAUGUGGCAUGCUUUGACUUCUGGAGAGCCCGAUGACAAUGUUGAGCUUGUUUUCAGUGACAUUGUUGCAUGGCUAGACAAGCGCAGCAACCUUGACAACAACACGCUGCAGAACCAGUUCUUUGCUCAUCGUGUGCCCCAAGCCAUAAGAUCUGCACCCACAACACCGUUAAUGAAUGGUGGGAACAAAAAGAAGCACCAAUCUAGAGCAUUCGAGAAAUAUCUAUGCGGUUGGAAAGGAUCUCGUAUGCAUCAGCAUCAUCACUCAGCAAUGUAGAGCCUGCUUCCGAUAUGAACAUAUUUUGUGAGCGAUUUUCUCUUUUCUUUUCGUUUGUUAUUUCCUUAGUAGUUGGUUGGCGAUGGGGGUGUUUGGGAUUCGGGUGAGUCUAUCUUUUAGUUAAUAGUUAUAGGGAAAUUUAUUCCAUACACUAAUGCCAUCAAGUGGCUCAUACCUAGACUUUCAUUUAAGCGAGUUUUGGAGAAUCGAAUGUAUGUAACCUUACUAUUGUAAAAAUAAAAAGGUUAACCGGUUUAAGACGUUAAUGAUUUGUUAUGGGAAGCAAAAGAUGAAAAGAUAAAAAAAAAAAAGAAAAAAGAAGCUUGUAUAUGUUGCUUUAUUGUAUUAUUACUCCAAUACCAAGAGAUCAUGUGAAUUAGGUGACACUCAUAGUCCAAAUUAAUGCCAUCCCCCAACUAAGAAUUGAUGUGUAAAAUGUUUGGUAGGUGAGAGGAGAAAUGUUGUAACCUAACAAACUCACCUACUUUCUUAGAUCCUUUUCCUUUUUGAUGUAUCAAGGGGCCACUUUAUUAGUAGUCCUAUUUGGUUGAAUUUUGACAAUUGAAGAAGAAAAUGAACUCCAUUGCUAAACUUCUCAACCAUAAUCUUCUCAUCUUGGUAUUAUGGUAUAAUUAUUUAUUUAUUUAUUGAUAAUACACUUGAAAUAAGCUUUUCAAAAUUUAGUUCGAACGAGCAAGAGGUCAGAUAAGCAUGAUUUUCUUUAGCCAUUUUGAAUUUUUUCAACAUUUGGUGCUCAAACAAUCACAUAGCAUUAGGCCUAAGUGAAUGACUUCGAUCUCUAUGCAAAUUUGUUUUAUUUUAUAAUCUUAAUGUCAUUUGGUACACGAACGAGCACAUAACAUUGAUUAUAGGCCGAUGCAAAUUUGCAAGCCACACCUACACCAAAAUAAGCACAAUCAACUAAGCUACAUUAUCAAAGUACUCUACACCAAAACAUUUCGAAACAUAAAUCUAUAAAGACUACUAAUGAAGAAACGAGACUGACACAUGUCAGACUCUCAUUCAAUAUUUUCUCACUCAAUUAUGUUGACGUGGCAGCUUAUUAUUUACUGAAAAUCAUUUCCUAAAAUACUAGAAUUUAUUUAAGGUGCAGAAUAAGAAUUAGAUAG